AUGGAAUUAGCCGCAGCACGUUUUGUUUAUGGUAGGGUAAAGGGUUCUUCCAAUGUCAAGAGUCAAUACACGAUGUUGUUGAGUAAUGUAGACCAAAUGAUUAAACUUGUGGAAAAACUUAAUGCGCAACAAAAAGCUCCUGCUACUUAUGAGAAAUUACUAAACCUUAGGCGUAGAAUUGAUAGGGAUUGGUAUGAAGUUCAAAGUAAUCGUUUAAAAACAAUGGCUAAUUGCAAUCAGCAUUCAGAAAGGUUAACCCAAUAUAAAAAUGACAUCGAAAAUGUCCGAAAUCAAUUAAUGUUAGAAGUAUCAUUUAGUAACAAUUCGUCUCAAACGCAUGAAAAAAGUUUGCAGUAUCAACCUCAACAGUAUCAACCUCAACAGUAUCAACCUCAACAGUAUCAACCUCAAUCUCGACAAUAUCAACCUCAACAAUAUUCAAACCAACCCCCGCCAUAUCAACAACAUUCCCAUCAACAAUAUUCAUCCCAACUCUAUGCACCUCAACCAUAUUCACCUCAACAAAAUAACCAAUUCCAGCAGCCCAUGCACCAACAACAACAAACUAUUACCUUCGGAAACCCAUACCUCAACAAUAACGAUCCAUUCAACACCCCUUUUUUUAAAAGUGGGGUUACCAUCACCACCCCAUCAUUCCCCAACAAUAACCAAGCUAAACUUGCAUAUAAACUUAAUCUACAUCAAAAAGCUCCUAUGGCUUAUGAAGAGUUUCAAAGAUUGAUCAGAAAUUCGGAAUCAUUUUUAAAAGGUAAAGGAUCUACUGUAGAACUUAGCAAAGAUCUAGCCAACAGUACAACCUUAUAUGUUGGAAAUUUAUCAUUUUAUACAACAGAAGAACAGAUCUACGAACUAUUUUCAAAAGCAGGAGAAAUCAAAAGGAUAAUUAUGGGAUUGGAUAAAUUUCAAAAAACACCUUGUGGUUUUUGUUUUGUUGAGUACUAUUCACAUAAAGAUGCAUUAGAUUGUAUGAAAUAUAUUAAUAGUACUAAAUUAGAUGAAAGAAUCAUUAGAACAGAUUUAGAUCCUGGGUAUAAAGAUGGAAGACAAUUUGGAAGAGGCAGAUCUGGCGAUGAGUAUAGACAAGAUUAUGAUACAGGGCGUGGUGGAUGGGGACAUUUUCGUGCAAAGCAAGAAGCAGAACGUGCAAAAAGACAAAAAGAAGAAUAUGAAGCCAUUACUUCUAUUCCUACAGGUGCUGGUGAAUACAAAGGCAAAGGAACUACAUCAAGGAAACGUGAAAGAGAUAGUGAUGAUCAAGGGCAUGAAAAUCAACCUCGUGAAAAGAACCCACGCUUUAGAGAAGACAAAUCAGAUGAUGAGGAGGAUAGAAUGCAAACUGAUGUUUAA